CAGUUGCUUUUUAGCCGCGCCGCCGCGAGUUACGUGCUGUGGGUUUUGCGGAGUGACAAGUGUAAAUUUCAUCAAUUGGGGUUUUUGGCGGCUUUCAACAUGCACGCCAAAUCGCUGCUGAUCACCGCCCUCUCUCUCUUCCUCGUCGUGUUUUCCCUUCAUUCGUCAUCAGCGGCGGUAAUCGGACGGGCUGAGGACGGUGGGGAGGGGAAUAAAACAGCGUGGGAACUAACGGAAGCCCUAUAUGGCACUUCAGGGCUACGGAGUUUCAAUGGAACCUGGAUAACAGAUGAGGAGUUCUACUACACAGCUGCAGACCGAUCUAUCCAUAAAUUUAACGCUGCCACUAAGACCGACGUGAUCUUUCAAAACUCCUCAUUUCUGAACAAUUAUUCGGGGGCCACCUUCUCACUCUCGCCCGAUAACACGAAGAUCCUGAUACGUCACAACCUCACGGAGAAGUUUCGUCACUCGUACAUAGCGCAGUACGAUGUGUUCGAUAUUGAGACCAACACGACCGUCCAAAUCCACAAGGGCGAGAAGCUGCAGUACUGUGGAUGGUCGCCGCUGCGAGAUCGAUUGGCCUACGUCUACCUCAACAAUGUGUUUAUCCACUUCAGCGAGAACUUGGAGAUCAGCAUCACGGACGACGGCGUGGACGGGGUGGUGUACAAUGGAGUGCCCGAUUGGGUUUACGAAGAGGAGGUUUUGAGUAGUGGCAGCGCCCUCUGGUGGUCGGCGGACGGCACCAAGCUGGCGGUGGGUUUCUUCGACGACACCGAUGUGGAGACCUUUAACUACUAUCUGUACGGCGAUGGUUCGACCACCUUCUAUCAGUAUCCGCACGAGGAGCACCUCAAGUACCCCAAGUCGGGCUCCAAGAACCCACUGGUGAGCCUAAGGGUUUAUGACGUGACCGACAACGAUCCCACCAUGCAGCGCAUUGUUGCGCCAGUCGAUAUCGUUGGCAGCGAUCACAUCCUGCAGAACGUUGUCUGGUCGAACGAGACGCACCUGCUCGUGACCUGGAUGAAUCGACGACAGAACCUCAGCUCAAUUCAGAGCUGCAGCCACCAGGGUGUCUGUGUGGAGGUGAAGAGGCUGGAGGAGCCCCGCGGUUGGGUGGACAUAAGCACGCCCAAGUGCCUGAGCACCGGAAAGAGUUGCAUCUUCGGCUACUUUAUAGACAACUGGCACCAAGUGUGGAACCUUGACCUUGAGACAGGGCUCAACAGCUGGCAGUCGCGCGGUAACUUUACAGUUUUGAACGUCUAUGGAUACGAUGAAGCGAGGGACAAGCUUUACUACCAGGCCACCCAGCCCGGAGAUCCCUCUGUGUACCAUGUGUUCAGCAACGACGAGUGCCUUAGCUGCAAUCAAAUUGAUGUGGACGGCGUGGCCUGUAAAUCAGCUUCGGCUACCUUCAGCAAGUCGUUCUCCUACUACACACUCUCGUGCAACGGACCCAAUCCGUCCUACACGAGGAUCUUCGAGGCUACUACUAAAACGCUCCAGGUCGAGUGGGAGCCAAACACAGCGUAUCGCGAGCAAUUGGAAAACAAGCUGCGCCCCAGUUAUCGUUUCUUGAACGUCACCCUGGCUGAUGGCAGUGUUGGAUACGCCAAGCUCGCCCUUCCGCCGAACUUCGAUGAGGCCAAGAAGUAUCCGCUGAUCGUGGUUGUAUACCAGGGUCCCAAUUCGGUGCGAGUAACAAACAGUUUUACCUUGGGCUACGAGGCCUUCGUCACGACAUCCAGGGAGACUAUUUAUGCGUAUAUCGACGGCAGGGGAACGGGAAACAAGGGCAAGGACCUGCUUUUCUCGGUCAACAAUGAUCUGGGCGAUCACGAGGUCGAGGACCAACUGUUUGUCACUCGUUGGAUGCAGUUAAAUCUGCCCUUUGUUGAUGCCGAGCGUUGUGGCAUCUGGGGCUGGAGUUAUGGUGGUUAUAUGACGGCUAAGACCAUCGAGAAGGACGACGAACGGGUCUUUCAGUGCGGCGUUUCAGUGGCUCCAGUCACUUCAUGGCUGUACUAUGAUACGAUUUACACCGAGCGCUAUAUGGGACUUCCAACUGAGGAGGACAAUGCACAAAAAUACAACGAGAGCAGCGUGUUCCUGAAUUUGGACAAUUUUAAAACUCAUAACUUCCUUUUGAUUCACGGAUCCGGCGAUGAUAAUGUCCACUACCAGCAUUCUCUUUUGCUGGCCAAAUUGCUACAAAGACGGGAUAUUGCAUUCGAUGAGCAGACUUACACCGAUGAAAACCACGGAAUCGGGAAUGCACUGCCUCAUUUGUAUCACACCAUUGAUGCCUUCUGGAUCAACUGUCUUAACCUAGAUGUCUACGAAGACUCUGAAUAGUAGAAGCAACUUGUGUCAAUCUAGUCAAAUUUAAGUAUUUGAAGUAUAUGUUUUUUGUAUUUUUAUAUUGAACUUUUAUUAAAGCUGUUAAAUGU